CCGCCCGCGGCGCUCGGUGCCGGCAGGGCGCGCAGGGGGCGGGGGCCGCGGCUCGCCCCCCGCCGAUGAGCCGCCGCGGAGCGCGGGCGGACGAUGGAACUCCACAUCCUGGAGCACCGGCUGCAAGUUGCCAGCGUCGCCAAGGAGAGCAUCCCGCUCUUCACCUACGGCCUGAUCAAACUUGCCUUCCUGUCCUCCAAGACCAGGUGCAAGUUCUUCAGUCUGACCGAGACGCCCGAGGAUUACACCAUCAUUGUUGACGAGGAGGGCUUCUUAGAGCUGCCCUCCUCGGAGCACCUGAGCGUGGCAGGCGCCACCUGGCUGGCCCUGAACGUGGUGUCGGGCGGGGGUGGCUUCUCCGGCUCACAGCCCAUCGGCGUGACCAAGAUUGCCAAGUCAGUCAUCGCCCCGCUGGCCGACCAGAACAUCUCCGUGUUCAUGCUGUCUACCUACCAGACAGACUUCAUCCUGGUGCGUGAACGGGACCUGCCCUUCGUCACGCACACCUUGUCGUCAGAGUUCACCAUCCUGCGGGUCGUCAAUGGUGAGACGGUAGCAGCCGAGAACCUCGGCAUCACCAAUGGCUUCGUGAAACCCAAGAUGGUCCAGAGGCCUGUCAUCCACCCUCUGUCCAGCCCAAGCAACAGGUUCUGUGUCACCAGCCUGGACCCUGACACGCUGCCUGCGGUCGCCACACUCCUCAUGGACGUCAUGUUCUACUCCAACGGAGUGAAGGACCCCAUGGCCGCCGGUGAGGACUGCGGCCACAUCCGCUUCUUCUCCUUCUCCCUCAUUGAGGGCUACAUCUCCCUGGUGAUGGACGUGCAGACCCAGCAGAGGUUCCCUAGUAAUUUGUUGUUCACAAGUGCGUCCGGAGAGCUCUGGAAGAUGGUGCGGAUCGGAGGACAGCCCCUGGGAUUUGAUGAGUGUGGCAUCGUGGCCCAGAUCUCCGAGCCCCUGGCUGCCGCAGACAUCCCCGCCUACUACAUCAGUACUUUCAAGUUCGACCACGCGCUGGUACCAGAAGAAAACAUCAACGCCGUCAUCGGCGCCCUGAAAGUCAGCCAAGCAGAGAAGCAUUAGGAGGGCCUCUUCCACUCCUCCCUGUCUGCCCCCCCAGGCCUGGGCCAGGCCCCUCCCCCGAAGAUUCUUCUCACAGUAUUUCUCACGGACUGGAAAAUCGGCCCCGGGGGCCCCCAAGACAGGGCCUCAGGGAGACACCCCCUGAUUGCUCAGCCUGCCGGGCCUGGGGCCCAAGCCAAGGCCUCCCCAUGCCCUCCUGCCUUCCUGGAGCCCCCAGACCCUCCAGAGAACCCCCCCUCCCCCCAGCCGCUCCUCCUCCCCACCACCCCUACUCCAGAAAAUGAUGUCUGAGGCCCAGGGAGUUUGCGAGCCAACUGGCCUUCCCCUCUGGCCUGGCCCACGGCGGGGGGCAGGGGGGUGGGGGGCAGAUGCCGAAGGAAGCAGGCCCCUCCUACGAGACAAUGGGGUUCUGACUCUCGCGUCAUCCUGGGGAGCCGGCCGAGCGGAGCCGAGUUCACGGAGACCGGGGAGACCCCCGUGAGGACCUGAGGCUGGAUGUUGUGGCCGCUGGUCUCCCGUUCCGUCAGCUCCGGGCUGGUUCCCGCAGAGUGGAGGCCAGUGGGCGGCCCUCGGGUCACGCGCUGGGGAGGCUCCGACAAGCAGGGGUGGGGCCCUGAUCUGGGGAGGACCCAGGCCACCCAGAAUUUCACCUGCCAUCCACAGGGCCCGCGCCCCGACUCCCAGCAAGACUGCCAAGGGGGCCCUGUCCACACCCUCCCCGCCAUAAGCACUCACUCCUGGGGGUGGUUCCCAGGAGACCCACCAGCCUGGGGCAUGAGCUCCUGUCCCCGCUGCUUUCCCUGGACCCUCCUUGGGCAGGCGGAGCCUUGGUUUCCCCGAAGCGGGGGGCAUCCCCAGCAUUUUGGACCUGGGGUUUCUUGGGUCACCCCCACUCCCCAGCAGUUGACUAGACCAGCACAGGGCUCCCCGUUAUCCUGCCCCCUCCCCUGCCCCACUUUUGGGGGGAUGUGGAAGGCCUCUGCCCCCAACUCACCUGCCUGCCCGCCCCUCAGCUGGGGCCUGUGGCAUUCAUGAGUACUUGACCUGGGGGGGGCAGCUUAUCUGAGCCUUAAUAGAGAAAACCAUACAGUACGUUUUAGUUUCUUAUUUAAUGUAUUCGCGCCCAGGCUGUGGUCGGCGGCAGUUUCAGGGGACAAGGGACGACGCCUGCUGAGUUCUGUUGGGGGACCCAGAGGCUCAGGGUCCUUUGGCCGACGCCCUGUGGCUCCAGGGACAAGCGUGGGAGUCUGUAGGCGUCACAGAGGUGUUAGCCCUUUCUCUGGAGCAGGAAGCCGGCAGCAGAGGUGUGUGGCGAGAUAUAGGGGUUCCCGCGGGGUGCCCAGAGGCCACGGGGCAGGGGACAGCCAGGUGGCAGGCCGACCAGGGCGAAUGGGGGUGAGCCCCAAGGCGGCCCCUCCCUCCCUGGUGCUCCUUCUCAGGCGACAGCUGCCUUGCGCUGUCCCUGAGAGGCUCAGAGGAGAAAGGAGGGUCUCUCUGGUGAAGGGCUUGUGUGAGCCCCACUGCCCUGUUCUCCCAGCGUCGGGGGACCCUCUGAGCCCGGGAUACCCACCAGAUCCUUAAGGAUGCUCGGGGCCCAAGCACUGAUGAGGAACCCACUUUUUUUUUUUUUUAAGUUCAUUCAUGUUGCACAAAACUCUUAAAACAACCAAAACGUGUCCAUCUGUUUGCUGGCUCCAAAACGGGGUGGGGGGUGGCCGAGCGGGCAGGAAAGCACCUGAGACCCCGAGUCCCCUUUCUCUCCUUGGAAGGCCUUGAUUCUCCGUGGCGCGCCUCUCCAGACUCCUUCCCUGUCGGGUCCCCUGAUGAUGUCACUCCUCCACGCUCCCCACCCCCACCCCCACCCCGCCGAGCAAAUGUGUCGGCCCCGUGACCCCGGAAACGUGUGCUCCCCAGGCCCACCCCCCCCCAGGACGUAUCUAUUGUACACACUUAUAAAUACCUGUGUUUUAUGUUGAUAUAGAUAUAUACUGUAAAUAGCAUAUAUACUUGAGCAAUAUAUAUGUUAAUAUAUACUGUGUGAGCACACACGCGUGUGUGCACAGUACGUGGAUCACAGA